UCUUGGUUUUUAACGGCGGUUCUUAACCAGUAUAAAAUACGAGAUAUAUCAAGGCAUUCUUAAUUGGGAAGUGGGAAUAGGAGGGAUUAGUCUGUGCACAGUUCAGGAUCUACUUCCUCACAAAUUAUGCAUUGGCUUUCUUAUGCACUGUCUGCAUGUUAGCAGCUUGACUUCCUGAGUUUUGCAAUGGACACAGAAUAACACCAUGUUACAAGUUUAGACAGUGCAAGCAACCUUUGAUCAGUUCGCAGAGCUCCUCCCCACUUGGCCUACAAACACUUCUGCAUUUUGGACUUUCAGUGUCUGUCACAUUAUUUAACCUAGUCAGACACACUGGUCAGAGUGGUGUAAUACUGCACAAUAAAACCCAAUCGAUUCAUAACAAAAUGGGUGAUCGUUCUCUUCUUGUGAAUGUGGAAGACUGGGUUGCAGAGAAUCAGAAUGCUUUUCUGCCACCAGUGUGCAACAAGUUGAUGCACUUUUCCCAGUUGAAUAUCAUGUUUGUUGGAGGUCCAAAUAUCAGGAAGGAUUAUCAUAUAGAGGAAGGGGAGGAGUUGUUCUACCAAAUGAAGGGUGACAUGUGUCUGAAGGUGGUUGAAAAAGGCAUACACAAGGAUGUGCACAUCAAAGAGGGAGAGAUGUUCCUGCUGCCAGCUCGGAUCCCCCACUCCCCUCAAAGACAGGCCAACACUGUGGGACUGGUGGUGGAGAGGAGACGGCUCCUGACUGAGACUGACUGCCUGAGGUACUAUGUAGACAACACCACAGAUAUCCUGUUUGAGAAAUGGUUCUACUGUCAGGAUUUAGGAACCCAACUGGUGCCAAUAAUCAAAGAAUUCAUGGCAUCGAAGCAAUACAAAACAGGGAAACCUGAUCCAAAUGAAGUCUUCCGAGAGCCUCCGUUCCAGUUGAACACCACAAAUGUGAUGUCACCCUUCUCCUUCAAAGACUGGCUGGACAAACAGAAGCCAUCACUGGCCAGCAGCAAGCCCGUCGACAUGUUCAGAGCUCAGUUUGAGACAGAGGUAUUGGUGUUUGGGCUUGGGCUGACAGAGACAACAGUAAGACAGAGUGAUGUAUGGAUUUGGCAACUGGAGGGAACCUCAAAAGUAACUAUGAAUGAGCAGGAGUUCACUCUUUCAUCAGGAUACAGUUUACUUAUUCCAGAACAGAGCCAGUAUCAGUGGCAGAGGGAUGAGAAGACUGUUGCCCUGUUUGUGGCUCAAAACCCUGAGCAGAAGAGACCCUGACCAUGCCCUGACAAUCCCUACACAUACAGUACAUGUCCUGACAGCCUUGGUACCAGACCAUGCUGGACAAUCCAUACACAUACAUUGUACUUUGAAUGUAGAAAUGAGAACCCCUAUUCUUCAAGACAUACAAGUAUCUGACAUGUCACAAAGUGUAUCUAUCAAUGCAAGUAUAGUAAUAAUUAGAUUGUGUAUCAUCAUACAAUAAUGUACAUUAUGAAUUCUUAUGUUAUAAGCCUCUAUAAUGUGUUAAGUAAACUUAGAUCCAUGUUAGAUUUAAUGGUCACAAGAAGCUCCAGAAACUGGAACUGUAAAUUGCACAUUGUUGUAAUUAAACUACAUAAAUUAAAUUUCUAAUUUUAUGAAUUUUUAUAUUAAAAUCUUUGUUGAGAGAAAAAUAUAUAAAUGUUUAUAGAAAAAAAUGUGUGAUGUGAUUGUCUU